AUGGCAAUAAUACUUGAUAAAUUUAUAAAUAGGUCAGCAUUGGAGGAGAUGAAAAAUGUUACCACAAUUCUGAAAUAUCUAGAUUUUGUACAACGCUGCAAAUUGAGAUUACUGAGUAGACACUGGGACAGGGCAAUCGAUCUUGCAGCCACUUGGCAUACAGUGGACUUAAGAUGGGUAAAUGGCAAUUCAAAAUACUUAUCACUGGUAAAAAAACAUCAUAACUCGGUCAAGUCGCUGAAGCUGUCUUUGGAUUGCACGAAUUCCGAAGGCUACAAUGUCAUAGAAUUCGACUACAAUGGGAUAUUGCUAACUUACAGAAAUUUAAAGCAUCUGGAAGUUAGUACGUUGAAAAAUGACAUUGUUGUAUCAUUUGUCAACCCCAGUGUUAGGUACUAUAUUGAUGUAAUACCCCCUAACGCUCCAUUACUCUCAUCUUUAAUACUGGACACCAAUGUCACUGUAAAGCAGCUUUUUCAACUAAAAAUAUAUAAAUUGGACUUUCUAGUGCUAACUAGAAUUAUCAGUACAAAUGUGGAUGAUAUUUCUUUGUUAUCUGAAUUUAUAGCAUCUUUGCACGGGCUACAAGUUUUUCACUUUUCUUUUAUUUCAUCGCUAGAUUCUAUCAACACUUGCAGUGUUAAUCAAUUGGAUAGCGUCUAUAGUACGGAUGUAAAUUACAAUUCACUGAGGCGCAUCGAGAGGAUUAAGGCUUUGACCGGAGGGGAUGACUUUUCUCCGGGCGAUGAGCUAAUUCAGGCACUGCUGGAUUCUCACGCAUCAUCUCUAAUAUGUUUUUAUGCACCGGACUUAGAAAUAUCAUACAAAUGCUACACCAAAGCUUUACCAAAAUUUACAAAAUUACAAUCGUGGAACUUGCCAGGUUGGACUGCGUUAGAACUGGCGUGA